GGCCAACAAGCAUUAGGUACUCAACUUUGUUCAUAGGUAACACAAACGAACGAUCUACUGAAAGGUGAAGUCGCAAAUUUGAAAACUACUGUGCAUGAAAAAUGAAUUUUAAAAUUUUCAUUCUUUAUUUUUGCGUAUUAAUCAAAUACUCGUACACAGCUCAGAAAAAAAAUGUUGUCGUGAUCGUUGCAGACGAUUUGGGUUGGAAUGACGUUAGCUUUCACGGCUCGAACCAGUUUCUCACACCGAACAUAGAUGCACUGGCAUAUAGCGGUGUCAUUCUACACAAUUACUACGUCUUACCAUUAUGUUCACCAUCUCGAUCAGCUUUUAUGACUGGAGUUCACCCUAUUCAUUCUGGCAUGUAUCACAGGGUUCUUUUAGCCAACACACCUUAUGGGUUACCUCUGGAUUUAAAGAUACUGCCUCAGUACCUUAAGGAGUAUGGCUAUAAAACGAGAGCUGUAGGUAAAUGGCAUUUGGGACACUAUAAGAAAGUUUAUACGCCCACUUAUAGAGGAUUCGACUCGCAUUUUGGAUACUGGACUUCGCACGAAGACUAUUACCAUCACGAUGAAAUAGAUCUGAUGUCUACAAAAGGAUAUGACUUCAGAAGAGGUAUGAAUACGACGUGGAAUCACGAUGGGCAAUACGCGACUGAUCUGUUCACUCAAGAAUCAGUCGAUAUAAUCAGUUCUCAUAAUACAUCUGAACCGUUAUUCUUGUACUUGGCUCAUUUGGCUUGUCAUUCAGCCAAUCCCAGACAACCUCUUCAAGCACCGCCAGAAAUUAUUGAAAAAUUCAGUUACAUUAAGAAUAAACAAAGACGUAUUUUUGCAGCUAUGGUUUGGAAAUUGGACGAAUCAGUAGGCAAAGUGGUACAAGCACUGGCUGAUAAAAAUAUGCUCGAAGAUACGAUUAUAAUAUUUACUACCGAUAACGGCGGCCCGGCUGCUGGUUUUAAUCAAAAUCAAGCUUCUAAUUGGCCUUUGAGAGGAGUCAAAGAUACAAUUUGGGAAGGAGGUGUACGAGGGGCUUCAUUUGUGUGGAGUGCUGAUCUACCUCAUUCAAAAGUAUCUAAUGCUUUAAUGCACAUUCAAGAUUGGCUCCCAACCAUACUAGGAGCUGUCGAUGAAAACGUCGAAAAAAAUUCCACUUUAUUGGAAGGACUCGAUGGACGCAACAUGUGGCCUGUUUUGAAAGGCGAUAAAGAUUCGGAAUACGAUGAGCUCAUCAUACAACGAGACCUCGUUCGUGGUAUCUCUGCACUACGUAAAAAUAACUGGAAGGUGGUCAAAGGUAACACUUACAAGGGACUCUAUGAUAAAUGGUACGGUCCAACGGGACGUGAAAAAAAUUACAGUUAUAAUGUGACCACAAUAAGCAGUAGUCCAGUAGCAGAAACACUUACGAAACAUAAUUUCCCGAUCCCAUCUAAAGAAAAAAUGACAGAAAUACGCGCCAAUAUCACACUUUCGUGCGACUAUUGCAAAGGCAAUGAAACUCUUUGUACCCCUUGCACCAUCUCUAGCGAUAAAAUAUGCCUCUUCGACGUAUCCCUAGAUCCUUGCGAGGAGAACAACUUGGCAGCCAAGUAUCCGGAUGUUUUGGCCAAUAUGACGAAAAUUAUGUCCAAAUAUGUUCCAGUAGCACCUUUGAACAAACCAAUUGAUCUCAGAGCUGAUCCCAUUCGCUGGAACAGGACUUGGGUUAACUGGAUGGACUACGUUAGUGAGAUACCAGCUUCAUCCACAGCUUCAGAAAUGAUCAUUGUCGACGAAGUCCCAAAGCUGCAGUUUCUUCAUCUUCAAAAUCCAAAAUUUUCACCGAAAUAUACGGCGGAAUAAAAUUACAUCGGGGUGAUGUGCCAGGUAGUACUUGGACCAAGAUGAAAAAAUGCACCGCGUGUGACGCGGAGUAUUAUAUACAUUUUCAAGAACUGGGAAAUUGACUGAGAGAAAUAAUGGAUAUGCUCGAGCUCGUGAUUUGAAUUAUGAUAUUGGAGUAUAAAGUAUUGCAAUUAAUUUAUUAGAUGGAACAAUUUUUUUAAACAAGAAAUGGAAAAUUAGGUAGUAAAAAAAGAAACUCUUUGAAUAGCUGUUACAUUUAUUUCAUAGGUACUUACUACUUAGGUAGUUUUUUUCUCAGUUUUGUAUCUUAGUUUAUUUCAACGUAAAUCAUAGGUAGGUAUUUUAUAAGUAUUUUUGUUACUUGAAAAACUUUUUACGACUCUUAGAUCAUAAAAUAAAUCGUUUAAUAAAUA